CUACUUUUCCCAUUUAGCACAGGCCUACCAUAUCUCGCCCAUCUGCCGUCGGAGCCGUGCUCGCCGGACGCCGCCGCCCCCGCGACCUUGGAACGCCGGCUUUCGAAGUUGAGAAGCUGUGAUGGAUAAUACUGUGGUUGAGAACUUGCCAUCCUCAACAUUUUCCUCUAUUGUUGCUGAUCAUAGUGCAGAACAAGCACCUCUAGAUCUUCCAAAUCAUGAGAACAUGGAGCCAAAGUAUGACAUCAGUGCUGAAGAAUCUAAAUGCAUAAUAGAGGUUAUUGCUGCCACUGGAAAAUUCUGGCAUGACUGGGAAGUGCUGAGAAGCUUGCUUUCAUCACAGCUAAAACAGGCGUUGGGGGAAUAUCGUGAAUCCCAAAUGGUUGGUGGUGAUGGGCCACAGCCGAAUUCUUUGUCAGGUGAAACUUAUGCAGAGUUAGCAACAAGGUUGGAGGAAGCUCUGUUAAGCUUUUCGGAUGGUCCUCCAUUUACAUUGCAAAGGCUUUGUGAGAUACUUCUGUCUCCAAAAAGCACGUAUAAAACACUCUCAAAGCUUGCUCUGGCUCUGGAGAAGAAUUUAUUGGUAACAUCUACGAUAACAAGGAGCACCGAACCUUACCCCACAGAGUUGCUGCAGAAAUCUGCAGAAUCUGAGAAGGGAAGCAGUGAGGCCCAAGUUCAUCAUUCAAGUCCAACCCCAAAUGAGCCCCAAGUUCAUCAAUCCAGUCCAACCCCGAACGGUGUAGAAGCUUUGGCAGGCGAUUCUGAUGAAGAGAUGGUUGAAGCUGAGGCCGACGAGGAGGCUGUGAACUCCGACAUGGAUGUGCAAGAAGAUAAUGCGAGCGGAAAAUCUGAAAGUACCUCUGCAGUGGCUGCUGAUUCUGAUCCUCCAACCAACAGCGAAGAACAUGGAUUAACGGCAGCUUGAUGAGCAUCUCCUGAGUGAUAUCUCUCCGCAGGGAAAUUUUAUUUGAAUGUGUAUUUGAGUUUCCAACUUUCACUCAUUGAAAAAUGUCAUAUUCAACUUACGUCGAGCAGUUUGUUUCGUCUUUGUAAUACAAUUCUGGUUUACGAUCAGAAAAAACAGAUACUAGUGUACUUCAAACUGCUUUUUGUAGUUUAAAAAACUUUUUGCCGCAUUUUUCA